CGUGCUCUGUAUACAGCAUGCUGCUGACUACAUGUGCACCUAGCAGAGACGUUUGAGCACCAUAGACUCCCUAACGACACUUGGCACGCAACACCUCUGCUGAAGCUCCUUUUCCUUAAACCCCAGCGCAACCCCUCCGCCAGUGAUGGCCCUUCAGGGCCUGGUUGGGCGGAGCCCAGCUUCAGCACUGCAUCGACGUCAGCUGUCGCCAGCACUGCUGCGGAGCGCAAGCUGCCGGCCGACGUGCUUGCCACACCAGCAUCGGCAGGAGCCCCCCAGGGCAGCCAAUUCGACGCUAGAUGCUAUCCAGCCUGAGCCCGAUGACAAGGAGCUUCGUGAGGUGCUGCUCGUUGAGGCAGCUGGCACGCCAAGUAUCCUGAAGAAGCUGCACGAUGCGAAAGCACCGAAAUGGCUCUUCCGGACGGUCGCCUGUAUGGUGCUAGGCGGGCAAGUGGUGCUCCGAAUCUUCAAGGGCAACAUCCAUUGGAAGAACACGGCGGAGCAGCUGCGGCUGGUGGGGCCGGCGUCGCUGGGCGUGUCGCUGCUGACGGCGGGCUUUGUGGGUAUGGUGUUCACCAUCCAGUUUGUUCGUGAGUUCGCCAAGCUGGGCCUGACGCGCUCGGUGGGCGGUGUGCUGGCGCUGGCGCUGUCCCGCGAGCUGACGCCGGUGGUGACCGCCAUCAUCCUGGCGGGCCGCGUGGGGUCGGCCUUUGCGGCGGAGCUGGGGACCAUGCAGGUGUCGGAGCAGAUGGACAGCCUGCGGGUGCUGUACACGGACCCGGUGGACUACCUGGUCACGCCGCGCGUGCUGGCCAGCAUGAUCGCGGGGCCCAUCCUCAACGUGCUGUGCUUCCUCAUGGGCAUGGGCGCUGCCGUGUUCCUGGCCGACAUCGUGUACAACGUGCCCGCCAACGUCAUCGUGGACAGCGCCCGCCGCGCGCUGACCUCCUACGACGUCAUGACCAGCAUGGUCAAGAGCUGGGUGUUCGGCACGGUGGUGGCCACGAUCAGCUGCGCCUGGGGCUUCACCACCAGCGGCGGCGCCAAGGGCGUGGGCGAGUCCACCACCAGUGCCGUGGUCAUCUCGCUGGUCACCAUCUUCAUAGCGGACUUCUUCCUGUCCCUCGUGUUCUUCCAAGGACAGGGAGACGCGCUCAAGCAGCUCAAAUAAAGCAGGCUGGGUGGCGUUUGCAUUGGUGUGCGGCGGGCUGUGGUUUGCGCAGGCGGGCUGGGUUGGGAUGCGAGGAAGGGCCGGUGGCACGGGGGCACGGCGGGCAAGGGGAUUGGAGGGGUAAGGGUGUCGAGGACGCAUAGCGCGCACGUAGCGUAGUCGUUGGACUGCCGAAGUCAUGGAGACAGGAAGAGAACGGUGGCUACGGGGGCAGUCAGGCGGCGUGAUGGAUCAGGAGGAGGGGGGCCAGUAGGCUCUCGACGACUGCUGACGGCGUUUACAUCCGGUGUACAUGCAGGGUUGCUGCUUAAGACUCGGCACUAGAUGAACCGUGCCGCGGUGUGGAUGUGGCACUCGGUCGAGUUGGAGCAGGCGGCUUCGGCCGGUGGAGUGUACGGGUGCUCGCCAGGUGCUAUGUAAUCCUUAUGACGG